CCUGCUCAUAAUUUCAUCAUUAUUAUUAAGAUGUGACAAAAACACACGUAGCUUUCUAAUAAGAGACACCACCACACCCCCCAUAUACAUCACUCACACAACCACCACCACCACCUUACCCUUUCAUCUCCAUUUAUCACCCCUUUCUAAAAUUUUAGUAAUUCCUCUCUUUUUCUUUUUCUUUCUCUUUUUCUUCAAUCCAAACAUGUCCUCCACCAUUCUCUUCUUUCUCCCAAUAACCAUAACACUCCUCAUCAGUUUUCCGACCACCACAAGAACCGACGAUCCUUGUCCCUAUCCAUGUUACCCUCCACCCACCGCUCCUGGUGGCGGCACCGGCACUACUACUCCUACAACCCCUACAGUACCGCCGGCACCACCGCAAUCCGGUACCGGUUACGGAUAUCCACCACCUUCUGGCGGGAAUAAUAACAAUAAUUACCCUUAUAACCCUACACCACCUUAUGGUGGCGGAGAUGGCGGCGACAGCAGCGGCGGUUAUGGUGGCGCUACUCCACCACCACCGGACCCUAUUCUACCUUACUUUCCAUUCUACUAUAGAAAGCCACCUCACAAGCCAGAAGACUCUUCUUCUUCUUCAUUGGCUACUACGCAAAAAUGGACAGUGAUGAUCAUUGUUGCAAUUUCUUCUACUAGUUUUUUUUAUUUGCUAUAAUACUUUUAUUAUUAUUAUUAUUAUUAUUAUUAUUAUUAUUAUUAUGUAAUCAUAAGACUUUUAUAUUACUACUUCAGAUGAGAAUUUUUAUAUAUAUUAGUGGUUGUUCAAAUUUCUAAUAGUGUAUAAUUGAUGAUUAUCAUUACUGGAGAUUUUGUUGUAUAUGAUGAGGAGGAGAAUCUUCUGUUGUGUCAGUGAUUUUUGUUGUUAUUAUUCAGGGGAAGGACAAAAGCAGAGGAAAAUUAAAGAAGAAAACAGAGAAAUUGAGCAUCAGAAUUUUCAGAAUAUUUUAACAUGUAUAGCUUGUGAGCAUAACAAUUAAGAGGAAAAAGGACACCACAAAUUUGUUUGGAUUAUUGUAAAUUAAAGCUAAUAUAUAAAUUAAGU